AUGGCCCAUGCGUGGGAUGAAGGAGUCGCAUGCGCUACUGCGAUCCCAAAUGACGCUUUCAUCGUUGAAUACGUGGGUGAGAUACCGCAAGAAGUAGACGCGUUAAAGCGUCCCGAUCGCUGUUACCUUGUGGAGCUGAAAUCCAAGUCCUUAUGGGACGAAUCAAUGAGCGUGUUCAUCGACGCAGCCAACCCCCUCGUCACCAAGGUUGAAAGAGGAUUGCAAUUAACGCCAUGCUGCAUAAACGCAUACAUUGGAGCACUUCUCUUCGUUCCGUCCAGCACUUAUAUCGAUUCCAAGGACUUCUUCUCUCCGCACGCCAACACGGUGCUCGUGUCGAUGCAAACUGCGGUGCUCGCCGGCAAUCAGCAGCAGAAUGACGCCAUCGGCAGCCUGCUCCAUGAUUCGCAAUUGGAACUAGGACUGGAGACGGAAGCACCUCGGCAACAACAACAGCCCAACAACGUUGGGAACGGAAGCGUGGUGGCGGAUGUCUAA